UUGUAUCUAUCACUAGGGUUUACACUUUGUUCAUCACCGCAGCUCUUUCCAUCUUCACACACUAAACAAAAAUGGUGAAAGGUCGCCAAGGUGAACGUGUCAGACUUUACACCCGUGGCACCAUUCUUGGCUACAAAAGGUCAAAGUCAAACCAGUAUCCAAACACAUCAUUGGUGCAAAUAGAAGGAGUGGGUACUAAAGAAGAAGUGUCAUGGUAUCAAGGAAAACGUUUGGCUUAUAUUUAUAAGGCAAAAGUGAAGAAAAAUGGAUCUCAUUAUAGGUGUAUUUGGGGUAAAGUUACUAGGCCUCAUGGUAAUACUGGUAUUGUCAGGGCUAAGUUCACUUCCAACCUCCCUCCUAAAUCCAUGGGAUCUAGGGUGAGAGUGUUUAUGUACCCAAGCAACAUUUAAGUUGAAGUGCAGUUGAACAAGAACAAGAAGAGAAGUAGUCGUUGCUGUUGUCCAAGAUUGAUCUAAAGAUUAAGAACUUAGCUAUCAUUGAAAGUUGAAGUAGUUUUAGAUCUUGUAUCUUUUCAAUUGCAAUGCUGAUCUUUUUUAUUGAGUUCUAGUACAAUUUUUCUUUUGAUUUGUUAAAAGCUUGCUGAUGUUUAUCAUUUGAAAAUUUUAUAUUAUCCUGGUUUGUUUCUGGAUUC